AUGAAAGGUCCAAAAGAUGCAUCAAAUGCUGAAUAUCAUGACAACGGUGGAGAAGACCUCAGGGUUUUACUCAACAACCUAGGAUAUACCAGUGGAAAUAUUAAUUGUGUAUAUGGAAGGAGUAUUGGCCCUGGCCAAGAAGAAUGCAGAACAGAAGAAUCUACUGCAAAUGCAGAUAGAGUGAAUGUAGCUGCUGAUUUUGUUAAUGUCAAUGAAAAUGAAGGUGGAAGACCUGAAGAUAAUCUGAGAAUAAAUGAAAACAGAGAACGUAGGUCUGCAGAGGAAAAUGCUCCUGAAAGACAAGAAGUUACUCUAGAAGGUGAAUAUUUCAGUGAUUCCAGUUAUGGAAUUGGGGAAGAGAAUAUUAACUAUAGAGCACCAGGAGAACUUUUUAGUGAUCCUCAUGAUACGCAUUAUGGCCCCGAAGGUCAAAUUAAUGAUCAAACUGGAGAAGAAUUCAGAGACAGUAGAGGACUCCAGGGCAAUCACAUCCAAAGCUUUAUUGACAUGGAUGACCAUAGAUAUGCAAUUUAUGGGCCCAGAGAUAACACAGUAAAUAUACUGAUGGGAAGUGAGGUCCAUGGGGAAAAUAUACAUUGGGCAUACAUUGAUGAAGGUGGAAGUGGUAAUGGUGGAGAUCCCAAUGAAGAAGGUUCUAGUGAUGGUUGGGGAGAUGAAACCUCAGAAAGUACAACAAACCUUGGAGAAAAUGCGACGGAAACCCAUAGUGAUAGAAACAACACUCAGGCUUGUGAUACAAAAUUAACCAACCCAAACAAGGAAGGAGAGGGUGAUGUAGACACUGUGGAUGAUUCUCUCAACACUGAUAAUGAAGAAGGUUUUCAAGGUCGUGGUGAUGCAAGCCCUGAAACCAAGCAUGUGACAUGCCUUGAAAAGAAAAGAAAUGAUGGGCUGGACUCAAAUGGCAAUACUAAGGACACAGGGAAUAACACUGCCGCUGUAAAUAAUAGCACUGCAAGUGGUGGUAAUACGCAUGAUAAGGUUAUGAAUAUACCCAACCAUGAAACCCCCCGUCAAGAUACCAUCUGGACUCCACAGAGAAGUGACGGGGAAGGUAGCAGUGGCCAUGAGGACACCAGUGAAAAGGAGAGCAACAGUGUGUACAGUUUCAGUGAUGAAUGGAUGCAAGGGGACGAACCCAACCAAAGCCAAGAUUCUGAAGGCUCAGAAAACAGCAGCCAGCAAGAUCUCCCCAGUGAUAGGGAAAGCACAUCUUUAGGAGACGAAGAGGAGCAGAGCAGUAAUGCUGGCAGUGAGCAGUCAGAUAGCAAAGGUGAGGACAAUGAAAGCCAACAGGAAAGCAAUGAAAGUAGCAGGCACUCAGGCAGUGAUGACAGUGAGAAUGGUGGCCCAUCUGUCAGCAGUGAAAGUGAGAGUCAACCCGACAGCAGCCAGAGCCAGUCUGAGAGCAGCAGUGAGAAUGACAGUGAGAAUGAGAGCAUCAGUGAAAGUGACAGUAAAUCUGAAAGCAGCAUCGAUAGCAGCAAUGGAUCCAAGAGCAGCAGCGAGAGUGAGAGUGAAUCCAAGAGCAGCAGUGAAAGCGACAGUGAAUCUGACAGCAGCAGUGAGAGUGAGAGUGAAUCUAAGAGCAGCAGUGAAAGCGACAGUGAAUCUGACAGCAGCAGUGAAAGUGACAGUGAAUCCAAGAGCAGCAGUGAAAGCGACAGUGAAUCUGACAGCAGCAGUGAAAGUGACAGUGAAUCCGACAGCAGCAGUGAAAGCGACAGUGAAUCCGACAGCAGCAGUGAAAGUGAAAGUGAAUCCAAGAGCAGCAGUGAAAGCGACAGUGAAUCUGACAGCAGCAGUGAAAGUGAAAGUGAAUCCAAGAGCAGCAGUCAAAGCGACAGUGAAUCAGACACCAGCAGUGAAAGUGAAAGUGAAUCCAAGAGCAGCAGUGAAAGCGACAGUGAAUCUGACAGCAGCAGUGAAAGUGAAAGUGAAUCCAAGAGCAGCAGUGAAAGCGACAGUGAAUCUGACACCAGCAGUGAAAGCGACAGUGAAUCUGACAGCAGCAGUGAGAGUAAUAGCAGUAGCAGCAGUGAAAGUAACAAUGAUAGCGGUAGCAGCAGUGAGAGUGACAGUGAUAGCAGUAGCAGUGAGAGUGAAAGCAGCAGCAGCAGCAGUGAGAGUGACAGCAAAUCUGACAGCAGCAGUGAAAGUGAAAGCAGCAGCAGCAGUGAGAGUGAUGCUGAGAGUAGCAGUGAGAAUGAAGAUAACAAUCAAGCAGACAGCAGUGAAAGUGACAGCCAACCCAACAGUGACAAUGAGAGCGAUUCAGCAUAUCAGCCCAGCAGCAACAGUGCUGCAGAUACAACCGAGGACUCAAAUGAAACUGAAUCUGAAGCAAGUGAGGAUAAUAACAGCAGCACUCGUUCAGACAGUCGACGUUCUGAUGAUAGUAGCAGCAGUAGCAGUAGCAGCAGUGAAAGCAGAAACCUUGAGAAAGAGGACAACCACGACAAUAGCAGAUUGUCUCAAAGUGCAUCAUCUGAGAGCAGCAAAGUAUCUGAAGAAAGUGCCAGCAGUGAUGACAGUAAUUCAGAUGAAGGGCAAGACCAGCAAAGCAAAUCAUCAGAAACCAAUGACCCCGGAUAUGCCGAUGACUCUGAUUCCAGUGAGAGCAAUUCCAACCAGCAACCUGGGGCACCAAGUAGCUCAAGCGAUUCAAAUGAGGAAUCAGAACAAUCAAGCAACUCAGCAAAUCCCGGAAGCCCAGAUGGUUCCAAUGGGGCCCAAGACUCCAGCGACCCUAGUGAUUCCAGUGACUCCAGUGACUCAAGCAGCUCCAGUGACUCCAGUGACUCAAGCAGCUCCAGUGACUCCAGUGACUCAAGCAGCUCCAGUGACUCCAGUGACUCAAGCAGCUCCAGUGAUUCCAGCGACUCAAGCAGCUCCAGUGACUCCAGUGAUUCCAGCAGCUCCAGUGAUUCCAGCAGCUCCAGUGAUUCCAGUGAUUCAAGCAGCUCCAGUGAAUCAAACAGUUCCAGUGACUCCAGUGAUUCAAGCAGCUCCAGUGACUCCAGUGAUUCAAGCAGUUCCAGUGACUCCAGUGACUCCAAAAGCUCUAGUGAUUCCAGUGACUCAAGCAGCUCCAGUGCCUCUAGUGACUCAAGCAGCUCCAGUGACUCCAGUGACUCCAAAAGUUCUAGUGAUUCAAGUGACUCAAGCAGCUCCAGUGACUCCAGUGACUCCAAAAGUUCUAGUAGUUCCAGUGAUUCAAGCAGCUCCAGUGACUCCAGUGAUUCAAGCAGCUCCAGUGACUCCAGUGAUUCCAAAAGUUCUAGUGAUUCUAGUGACUCAAGCAGCUCCAGUGCCUCUAGUGAUUCAAGCAGCUCCAGUGACUCCAGUGAUUCGAGCAGCUCCAGUGCCUCUAGUGAGUCAAGCAGCUCCAGUGACUCCAGUGAUUCUGGAGAUUCUAACAGUGAUUCUAGUGACUCUUCUAGCAGCUCCAGUAGCUCCAGCGAUUCCAGCGAUUCCAACAGCUCCAGUGAUUCAAAUGAUUCCAGUGACUCUAGUGAUUCUGGUGAUACUUCUGAGUCCAGUAGCUCUAGUGAUUCCAAUAGCUCCAGUGCUUCUGAUGCCUCGGAUGAUUCUAAUGGCAAUAGCAGCUCCAGUGAUUCUGGCAAUUCUAGUAAUUCCAGCGGUUCGAAAUAA